CAAAAGCACAUUUUUGUUUUCAUGAAUUUUUACGAUAUAGCCCGUUGACGAUAGACAAUUUUGACUUUGUGGAUAUGGUAACUAGUGCCAACCCAGAAGGAGUUGCAACAUUUGAAGUAUCAAGAAGAAAGUAUUAAAUCUACCUUGCUGUUUCUAUGUCACAGCUCAAGAUGACAAGCGUUGCCCUCCUGAGGAGUUGAAGCGCUGGAGCUCGCCUGGCCUUGAACAUGAAUUCAUCAGAGGACAGUUCUUCCUUUUCCACUCAGAAGAACUCAAAUUGGACCAACCACCAAACAUCCACUCCACAGCCAGGACUUAGCCCUGCUAGCCCAGUUCAAACACCUGUUUCAACCAACCCUGCUAGCCUGUCUCAAUCACUAAUUUCACCCCAGAAACAGAGGACAGCAGAGAACAGAACCUCUGAUGCAUCACAGCCACACAGUGAACGGCGCAAGAGGGGGAGGCCACCCAAAGACAAGACACCUCAUACUCUCCCAGAACAUCAGAUCCAGUCCCCUUCAGAUUCAGACCCAAGUUCACAGCCACAUGGUGAAUGGCACAAGAGGGGGAGGCCACCCAAAGACAAGACACCUCAUACUGUCCCAGAACAUCAAAUCCAGUCCCCUUCAGAUUCAGACCCAUGUUCACAGCGAGAGGAAGAAACUAAUGCUGUCACAGUGACACAUCCCCUCUCAUCCAACUCACCUGUGCCUGAGGACCGGUGUCAGUCACCUGAUGCCCUAACAGAGGUUGAGACACAGCCCCUGUCACCUAGCCCACCUGUGGGCACCUCUGAACUACCUUCCCCCACCAAGGAUUUACAGAGGGUACAUCGUAACGAAGGGUCCCAUCUCUGUAGUCCAUCUGUAGAACAAGGAGAUACAACCAGCCAUAAUGUCCUAAUUGCUAGAGAUCACACAUAUUCACUGACCAGAGAGCUAGAGGCUGAACCAUUUGUUUCACCCCAGAAACAGAGGACCACAGAGAAAGGAGUCUCUGAUCAGUCACAGCCACACGGUGAACGGCGCAAGAGGGGGAGGCCACCCAAAGACAAGACACCUCAUACUGUCCCAGGACAUCAAAUCCAGUCCCGUUCUGAUUCAGACCCAAGUUCACAGCCACACAGUGAACGGCGCAAGAGGGGGAGGCCACCCAAAGACAAGACACCUCAUACUGUCCCAGGACAUCAAAUCCAGUCCCGUUCUGAUUCAGACCCAAGUUCACAGCCACACAGUGAACGGCGCAAGAGGGGGAGGCCACCCAAAGACAAGACACCUCAUACUGUCCCAGGACAUCAGACCAAUCAGGCCCUAACAGAUACACACGCAUGUUCACAGCCAGAGGACCAAACAGAGGCUGAGACACAGUCCUUGACAUCCAACUCACCUGCGCCUGGCCUUGAGGACAGGUGUCCGGCACCGGUGACAAAGAGGAAGUAUACAAAAAAAUCUGAGACCCCUAAGGUAGACCAGUCGCAGGAGACCGACCAGUCGCAGGAGAGUGAGAAUUUGAGCAAGCGGAAACAUGCAUCUAAAACGUCACAGACCUCCAAGGUAGCUCAAUCACAGGAGACUGUCCAGUCGCAGGAGACUGUGAGGAAGUGGAAACAUACUAAAAAGUCACAGAGCCAUAAAGUAGACCAGUCACAGGAAACUGAGGGGAAUAGGGAAAAGACAUCUGAAAUAUCGCUGAAGCGUAAGCUAGAGUCACAAGUGGAGACUGUAAAAAAGAGAAAAUAUACUAAGAAAUCAAAGAGCCAUAAUGUAGUCUCUGCCAACCACAUCUCACUCCCUGUGCUAUCUGCAGACCUCUCCCCCAGCGUUGUCUCUUCCACACACAACCCUUCUGGUGUCCCAAAGAGAAAACAUAGAAAAAAAACACAGAGCCACAGGGUAGACUCCGAGAUCGUCUCUUCAUUCCCUGUUCUAUCUGCAGAACCCUCUUCUGGCUUAAAGAGGAGCCUCUCUCCUACUCUCAGCCCUCCUGGUGUCUCUUCCUCGACAAGCACACCUAAGAGAGUCAGAGGCAGAACUAAGGGGGUCCAGCAACAGAUCUGUCUUAGCUCCACCCCAGGCCCCAGAUCCAUAGGAACAGCCAACCCCUUCUCUGUCUCUCUGUCUCCCCUGGCCCCCAGCUCUAAGCCAGACAGCCCUCAGAACGCCUCACCUAUCACCUGGAAGCUGUUCCAUCUAGACAAGAUUCCAGAGCCAGACGGAGCUGUACCCAGCAGUAAACCUUGGGGUAAACCCAGAGGUCGACCAAGGAAGGACCCGGCUGGAGUGAAGAAGAGGGCUGUAGUGAAGGGAGUGAAGAAGCCGGCUGUCGUGAAGGGAGUGAAGAAGCCGGCUGUCGUGAAGGGAGUGAAGAAGCCGGCUGUCGUGAAGGGAGUGAAGAAGCCGGCUGUCGUGAAGGGAGUGAAGAAGCCGGCUGUCGUGAAGGGAGUGAAGAAGCCGGCUGUCGUGAAGGGAGUGAAGAAGCCGGCUGUCGUGAAGGGAGUGAAGAAGCCGGCUGUCGUGAAGGGAGUGAAGAAGCCGGCUGUCGUGAAGGGAGUGAAGAAGCCGGCUGUCGUGAAGGGAGUGAAGAAGCCGUCUGUCGUGAAGGGAGUGAAGAAGCCGUCUGUCGUGAAGGGAGUGAAGAAGCCGUCUGUCGUGAAGGGAGUGAAGAAGCCGGCUGUCGUGAAGGGAGUGAAGAAGCCGGCUGUCGUGAAGGGAGUGAAGAAGCCGGCUGUCGUGAAGGGAGUGAAGAAGCCGGCUGUCGUGAAGGUAGUGAAGAAGCCGGCUGUCGUGAAGAGAGUGAAGACUCAGUGUGGUAAGAAGGUGAAGACUGCAGCAGAGGGAGAUUCCCAGACCUGCAGCUCAGAGGAGGGGCCUCCAGCCAAGCACAGACGUAGAAUCAGGAAGGGUCUUACAGCAGAGGGAGUGGAGAGAGUCGGGCUGCAGAGUGACGACAGCACCAGCUCUCAGCCAAUCCAAUGCUCCAGACCACGGUUUGAGCUACUGGAGUUGGACUCACCGGAUGAAGACACAGGAGAUGCCUCCCUGUCCUCAAACCUGUCCAUCGAACUGAGCCUACAGGAAGACCACCUGACAUCACUUCCUCUUGAAGAGGAGGAGGAAGAGCAGGAGGAUGAGGAAGAUCUGCCCAGUUUCUUAAAUAACACAAAGCCGCUGUCCAUAACAGAGGGAAUAUGUGUUUGGUGCAAAUUUAGAAACUAUCCUUUCUGGCCGGCAAUGGUGAAAAGCGUGAACCGGAAGAUGAAGAAAGCCAGCAUUGUGUUUAUUGACAACCUGCUGUUUGACAAGAAGAGGAUACGAAAAGGCUUCUCUGUGGCCUUAAAAACAUUGAAGCCUUUUGACUGUGAAGAGGCUGAUCAGCUUGUGUGUAAAGCCAGAGAGAGUUAUGAUGCUGCCAUCAAAUGGUGCCUGGAGCUGAUCGCCGACUAUAGAAUCCGUAUCGGAUGUGGCUUCACCGGUUCCUUCAUUGAAUACUUUUCAGAUGACAUAAGCUGUCCUGUGAGGAGACGUUAUCCUCAGAGUACCUCUGACCUCAACUUCCCCAGUAAGCUGAUGUUGGAGGAGCAGUUUUUAACCUCUGACCUUGAGGAGGAAGAGGAGGAGGGCAGCGGCCGUCAGGAGGAGGAGAGGAGGAGGAGGAGGAGAAGGAGGAAGCUACUGCCUGACCGCUCCAAGGCAGCACGUAACCGUGCCAAUGAGAAACUGGUGGACUUCAUCGUUAAGCAACGCCGGGUGGAGACGCGCCUUCUAGGCGUGAUUGGCGGGCAGCAACAAUCUAAGUGGUUGCGAUGGUUCCUGGCAGCCAGCCGUUCAGUAGUGGACACCUACCUGGAGGAUGAGGAUCAGCUGGACCAGGUGUAUCAGUACCUGAGGGGGGUGUAUGAUAACGCCCCCCUCACCGCCCCCUGCCUGGCUGACGUUGACCGCAUUCGCCUCGUCCUGGACGUCCUCUUACCUGAGGCUAUUAUCUAUGCCAUAGCUGGAGUGGACAAGUUGUCACUGGUGAAGGCAGAGGACAAAUACCUAAAAGGGCCCUGUCUGAGUAAAAGGGAAAGAGAGGAGUUUGAUUGGAUGAUCGAGCAACAGAUGAAGAUGAAAGCAUCGAUCGGUCAGCGUCCUGCGCACUGAACAACACUGCCUACUUGGCUUCCAGCCGUCAGACUUCAGCCGAGAUUAAAUCCGAGGGCGUGCUGUAUAGUGCUUUACCUUCUAAUGUAAUUUCUGAUUGAGACGACAUCUGCAGCGUUUUACCGUGAAUGCGAUCUCCACAAAUGCGGCAACGUUGCAUUUAGUCCCAGAGUUUCCAAAUCACAACAAAGUUGUUGAGCAUCCUGGGACAAAAAGAGCCAUUCAGAACAGUCUCUGAGGACAUUCAACUGCUGUAGUUCAUAGUUCAUACUAGCAGUGGUGUGACUAUGGAUGGGAAACUCAUGGGAGGAGUUACCCUGCGGUCUAGACCAACUACCACAGUAUUUGAUCCAUCAUGGUUGCCCAUUAAGGCUGGAUGACUGUAAAUUCUGUAAAUACUGGUCUAUUUUUAUAUAGAAAAGGAAUGUCUUUCUUUUUCUCUUUUCUUUAAAAAUUGUAAUAUUUUAAUUCCUCUUCCUGUUUGAAUUCCUGUCUAAUUAUGUGGUCAUGUAAGGCUAGCUUGUCGACACCUUCAUCUAUACCUAUUCCUUUGUGACAGGCAUGUAAUAUUCUGAAUGUGAAUCAUGUCAGCUCAAUAAAGCUUCCUCGGUCA